UGUUUUCUCAAAGAGUGUUUUCGAGACUUCCGUCCUCCCGGCUCGACUCUCUGGCCUUCCGCCGGUCCCCCAAAAGCUCAGUUUCUUCUUCACCCGUGCUCGUCGAAGCAAUUCGGCCCGCCGCCUUCCACGAUUUGUUGAAUUUGGCUAGUUAUCGUCAUCGAACUAAGGCUUGAUUCAAACUGAGAGUGGAGUUCACGGGGGUUUGUCGGAUUGGGGCUUCAUUGGACUCGCAGAUCGGAAUUUCGAUCAGUUUUGGGGUUUUAGAUCGUCUCCGAGUUCUGUUUUCUGGAAAUUUAUUUCAAUUUAUUGAAUUUUGUUGGUUACUUUUUCUGGGUAUCCCCAAUUUUUCAUGGGCUUCAUUGUUUCUGUUCGUCCCGUUGGUGACCUUCUUUACUUAGAGGAACAUGGUGGUUAGAUGUGUCCAGUGAACUUUGUUGUUCUUUUCUGAUCUUGGUACCGAAAUUAGGGGGUUAAUUUUGUAUAGUCGGUGUAGAAAUCGAUACCGAUAGGGGCGUGAAGGAUUUGGUGUGAGGUACUCGGAAGGUUUCAUCCAUGGAUGGUAAUAAGGAUGAGGCAUUGAGAUGCAUCAGUAUCGCGAAAGAGGCACUCGCUUCUGGCGAUGAAUCCCGAGCGCUGAAGUUCAUUCGAAUUGCGCGGCGCCUUGAUGGUAAUUUGCAGGUUGAUGAUCUUCUGGCUGCUUGUGAGAGAAUGAAUCGUGAUUCUGAAGUUUCUAAGGAAGAAAUAUCUCAGGGGAAACGAGAUUAUGAAUCAGAGGGGAAUUCGAAUCGGCAAGAAAAGAAGGCACGCGCGGGUUCUUCAAAUGGUAGAUGUGAUUUCACUGACGAACAUGCUGCAUUGGUUCGGCAAGUCACGAGGAGCAAGGAUUACUAUGAAAUUCUUGGCCUUGAGAAGACCUGCUCUGUGGAGGAAGUCAAGAAAGCGUACCGGAAAUUGUCCCUGAAAGUUCAUCCGGAUAAGAAUAAGGCCCCCGGUGCCGACGAGGCAUUCAAGAUAGUAUCGAAAGCUUUCAAGUGCUUGAGUGACGGUGUAUCGCGGAGGCAGUACGACCAAACAGGUCUGGUUGAAGAUUUUCAGUUUAACCAGCAGCACCAUAUGAGGAGGAGAAGAAGAAGAGCCAGGAACGACUUCUUUGAUGAGGAUUUCGACCCAGACGAGGUCUUCCGUUCGUUCUUUUUCGGUUCACAGGCAGAAGUCUUCCACAAUGCGCACAUCUACAGAGCCAGGGACAGGGCGAGGGAACAAAGAGGGAGUGAAGUCGACAAUGGCUUCAAUUUCAUGAUGGUUCUGCAAAUGUUGCCUAUAUUUGUCAUCCUUUUGUUUGCCUUUCUGCCAUAUUCGGAACCAAAGUAUUCUCUGCAGAAGUCACACGCAUAUCCGGUCCCCAAAGUUACCGAGAAAUUCGGGAUCGAAUUCUUUGUCAAGUCACCGGAUUUUGAUCAAGAUUUGCCACCAGGAAGCCUGUCAAGAGCAAAUUUAGAGGAACAGAUAGUGAGGGAAUAUAAAAACAGUCUUGCACGUUACUGUCAUAUUGAAUUGCAGAGGCGUCACUGGAGAAGUAACUAUCCAACUCCCUAUUGUGAUAAGCUGCAAAGUUUUGGAGAAGCUCGGUGAAGUGAUAAUGGUGUUCGUCCUUUUAAUUCACUAUUGCUCCUUUGUAACAUUUGACAGCUUUGCUUUUCUUAGUAUUCUUGCUCUCAAGUUACCCUGGCUUAUAUCAGAGGAAUAAUUUUCUUUUUUUCUUGUCCAUUCUUGUGAAUGGAUGUCAUCAUCUUUCACAUUUCGUAUACACAAGAAGUUUUCUGCAUGUUUAUGGCUUUCUGUAGCUAGUUGGUUUAAUAGUUUACUGCUGUUAUUUUGGAGAUUGAAUCUGAAUAAGAAAGUUGAAACCCUGUUUAGGCUUUCC